CAUUUUUUGAAGGAUAAGAGGGAUAAGAAAUCCAUCCACUGGCUGACUGGCUCCGAUACAGGUAAGUAACGAACACGGCCAUGCUAUCUCCGCCAAGACCUUUGAAUGCUAUCCCAGCUUCAAUUUCCCUGGCAUCAUCCCAACGCCAACAUGUUCAAUUCCUCACGCUUGGUCCCAUUAAAAGCAGCAGCGACGACAUCAACGGUGAAACCGGCAGCAACGAACCAAAUGCGUCAACACCAAUUCAGCAGCCCAUAAAGCCUCCAGACACGGUGGAGAUUCGGUUCCGAAGGGGUUCAAGAAGAAGAAGAAGAAAUCAACAGCAGGACGGCGCGUCCAUGAAAGCAGAGACAGCAGCUCAUCCCAAGGACUGGGAAUCCAUGACUCUGACCGAGAAGGUUGUAGAGCUCUAUAUGGGGGAGAAAGCAGGUCUUCCUCCACUGAAGGAAGAGAGGAGUGGGGGUUGUAGUAGGAAGAUGACAUAUCAUAGCACAAGAAGCAGUUUAGUACUGGAAGUAUGCUUCUCUAGGUAUGGGGGUCAAACACCAAAGAAAAGAUUAAGAGCCAAGAUACAAUAUGCUUAAUGCUCCAUACAAGAAUCUGUUUAUUGUUCAGAAAAAUGUUUGAUUCAUAGAGAAAGGCUACAACUGGUUCUGUUUUACAAAUUUAAAUCUGAUUCUCCAAGUCAGAAGACAGAUGAGCACAGAAGGUAGCUUGACCAAUACUUACUUUCAUUUUGGAAUCUUUGACUGUUCAAAGAAAGGCAGGACAGAACAAUGAAAGGUAAUGACAUAAUAGUGAGGAACAAGAGAAACUUAAGCAUAUAUAACCACAUCCCAGAUGAAUAUAACACAUCCAGGAAAAAAAAAAUCCUUUGCCAACUUCCACGUAAUAUGAAC